AUGUCAUUUCCGUACCGCGUUCCUUUACCAGAUGCUAAUAACCUUUCUCUAGGUCGAGAAUCAAUGACUAGGAUAGCAUCUGUCUUAGCAGGCUCCGAUAACCUAACAACGGGAAUUCAAGAUGUUCAAUAUUUAGCUAAUAUUGAUAUACCAGAUAUUGAGAAUGUACGUCCUUUACUUGACCAUAGUGGUUUGUCAAGAUAUGAAGCUAAUAAAGCUCUCGUUGAAGAAUUGGGAGAAUCAUUUGUAAGAAUGAUUGAUAAAGAGUUUUGGAAUGUCGAAAAAUUUAAUGAAUUUAUAAAUAUUGCUUCACAAUUUAUGUUUAUGAAGGAAAUACGAAAGGCAGUGUUGACUGCUUGUGUUAAAUAUCAUGACCGAAUAAGUUCGGAAAUGUAUGAUUGGCUAGUGAAUGAUCCGAAUAUUGUUGAUGAGGCACCAAUGAGUAUCAAAAGGGAAUUAUUCGCUCGCGAUAAAUCACUGUUCAGGCUCUAUGUGACACCAAUUUUUGAAGAAUAUUUGAAAGAUCAAAGUUUAUAUUUUUUAAGCAGAGAAAUGAGAGGCACUAAUAUUAAUGAAGUUUUAGAUUUCAGAAUGAACAAUAAGGGUCUCCAAGAUAUAAUAGACAUGAUUGGUGAAAACAACAUAUUAUUUGAUGAAAUGCUAAACCUCAUCAGAAUUUGGUUUAAUGACAACGGGUGGCCUAGGAUUUGUUCCUUUAGGUUUGAUUUUUUCAUGGGAAUGCAAAAGGCGGAUCGAAUUCAAAUGUGUAAACGAGACCAUUCGUUUAAUUUUAUUUGGUACGUAAAUUCCGGAAUAAGAAAAGGAUUCGAUUCAAAUCGUAUAAAUGAGUUAAUAAGCAUGUACAACAAAGCUAAAAAAACUGCUUCCAGAGACAUAAUUGAACUCGCGAUGGUUUUUCAAGAUCCUCUUGUUGUAAGCGUUUUUUCUGCCCGAAUAAUCGAAAUUUUGCGAAAAUAUGUUGAUAAAUCAUCAGAAAGAAUUCCAUUGCGACUUGUCACUAACAUAAUGCAAAUGAUCACGAAAGAAAAAGAAACUUCGACUCUUAAAUGGUGUACUUCCAUGCUGCAUUUUGGGUCUAAUGCAUUUCGAAUGAUAUUUAGCAAAAAUUAUAAUUUACCAGAUCUCGAUGAAAAAGAAUUUUAUGAAGGUUUUUAUAGACAUUUAUUAUUUAUGAUGGUCGAUGAUAGACAAAGGGAAGCAAAAGAGAAUAACAGAGCCCGUAAAGAUAAGACGCAAGAUGUAAUUGAUACUCAAGAAAUACCGAUCACACCUACUUGGAUAUCGUUUAGCGAAGCUGAAACUCAUUUAUUAGGACGAAGUGAUGUUGCUAGAAAGAUUUUUUGUCAAUACAUUGUUGAGCGAACUGAUAAAGGUGAUCCGGUUGCGGUACAUCGAUGUCUACCAUUUAUAUAUGCAUCAUUACCUCGUAAUGAUAAUGAUUUCAUGCAUUUAGAAAUGUAUGAAUCCAUGUAUCAAUCAAUUGUCACUAUAAUUAUUAAAUCGCAUAGAGUUCGUGUACUUUGUUCUGAAAGAUGGAGAUCUGUCAUAACUGAUUUAAUCAAUAUUACACCUUGGAGAUUAAGUAUACAAGAAUUAGUUGUAAAAUUAUUCAUAGAAUUUUAUAGUGAUGAAGUUGCAAAUCAAUUAACGACUUUGGGGUGUGUGGAACGGAUGAAAUUAGUGAGAGAAUGGGCUGAAAGAAUGUGUAUCACUGGAGUAAACAUGAAGACUGGUGAUGUCAAAGCACUCAGACAUAAGUAUUUACUUAUGAUAUUUAGAUCUACACAGGUUGUAAGUGGAAUCUAUUCUAUUAGACCCGAUGUUUGUCCAGUUUUAUGGGAAAUCGCUUUUCAAGGAAAUAAGGAUGUUAAUUUGAACGCAAAAGAUGCAAGAGCGUUAUUAGAAAUGUAUUUAUAA